AUGGUGGACGCGCGGUUCGUCCCCACGACCAACGGUUACGAGCUGUUAAUCAAGUGGUGCCGACUCCAAGACGUGGAAAACUCGUGGGAGCCCGCCGACAACAUCUUCGCCGAUGUACCCGUGAUGUUCAAGGCUUUCUGCAAGGCGGCCAAGUCCGCCGUAAUCAAGGAGAUGGCCGUCGCUUACGAGGUUAAGUAA